CAGACGAAGCACACAGUAGGCAUUUGCGUGGUAGUUCACCGUGCGGCAUCGUGUGACAAAAAUUUUGUGACCAGCAGAGAACCAAGAGCAACACGAAACCAUGCCACUGAACAUUCUCGUCACCGGUGGGGCCGGAUUUGUGGGAUCGCACACCGUACUGGAGCUGCUGAACGCGGGACAUGCGGUCAUUUGUGUGGAUAACCUAUGCAACGCGUACGGUGGCGGUGAAUGCUCGAAGCUGCCAGAGUCUUUGAAACGGGUGCAGGAAAUUACGGGUGCAAGCAUAACGUUCUAUGACGUGGACAUUCGUGACCGGGUCGAGUUGAAGGGCGUUUUUCAGAAGCAUAAAGUUGAUUGUGUGGUGCAUUUCGCUGCCCUGAAGGCCGUCGGUGAAUCAUGCCGAAUCCCAUUGAAAUACUACCAAAACAACAUUACCGGUACGAGUAUUCUGUUGGAAGUGAUGGCGGAGGUCGGGGUGUUUAAAAUAGUUUACAGCUCGAGUGCAACGGUAUAUGGCGAACCGCAGAAGCUUCCCUUGACGGAGAGCCACCCGACGGGGAACUGUACGAACCCGUACGGCAAGAGCAAGUACUUCACGGAGGAAAUCAUGAAGGACCUAUGCGAGUCGGAUCCUCGCUGGUCUGUCGUUUCUCUGCGCUAUUUCAACCCUGUCGGGGCGCACAAAUCGGGCCGCAUCGGUGAGGAUCCGAACGGCGAACCAAACAAUCUGAUGCCGUACAUCUCACAGGUGGCUGUGGGACGAAGGGCUUGUCUGCGCGUGUUUGGCAACAACUACGACACGCCCGACGGGACGGGCGUGCGGGACUACAUUCACAUCGUCGAUCUGGCUGAAGGGCACGUGAAGGCGAUUGAUAAGCUGACAGGAGGGACGAUCGGUGGGUUCUGUGUGUAUAAUCUGGGAACGGGCCGCGGGUACUCGGUGUUGGAAGUAGUUCAAGCCUUCUCGAAAGCAUCUGGAAGGGAGGUGAAGUAUGAAAUUGUAGAUAGACGUGCUGGGGACGUUGCGUCCAGCUAUGCAGAUGUAUCACUCGCCGCCAAAGAGCUCGGAUGGACCGCGAAGCGGGGACUGGAUGAGAUGUGCGAGGACACCUGGAACUGGCAGAGGAGCAACCCGAACGGGUUUGCCGGGUAGUGGGGAAGAAGGCGUUACUAAUUGCACCAAAGUUACGUUGCAUUUGCAGCAGUUAUGACUAACAAUUCCUUCGUACAGUGCUUUAUGCCUUUUAGUUGCAUUUCUCUAACGCUUUCCGUAGCACAAUUCUUUAUUCAAUUUAGUGCAAUUGGGUCGUGUAGACACUAUCUUGCCCUUGUCGUACACUAACAACCUCCGGGGGCAUGAAUAGCCUUGUAAGAUGCAGCAAAUGAUUGGAUUAGUAAAAUUAAGCACAUACAUAAUGCUGCACAUGUAUUAUUGUUUUUAAUGCAUUGCUGUUUUGUGGUUUCGCGAAAUGCAUAAACAAAAAAUGAAUAAAUGAUUUAUGUAUGA